GCGAUGAUUGUUCCUCAGCUCAUCCACAACACCAGGUGGCGCUAUAGUACAGCAAGGACGUGGAACCGGAAAAGGAUUCAUGGUGACGUCAUCGACCGGCGACCAACUGGAUCGCGCGAAAAUUUGAAAGCAGAGAUGGCGGAUAUUCAAACUGUGUUGCAGCGCUCUGAGCGGGUCCUGCUGGCGCCGUGUGGUGACCUGGACCAGUCGGACUUGGCAGACUCGGCAGACGGAACACUUCUCUUCAUGCAGGACAGUCGUCAGGUGAAGAAGGUUCUGUGGCGCCAGUUCUACGUCCUGGACUCCAUGAUGCGUGUGUUGGAGGGUCAGCACCUGCUGACACAGCCCUGCCCCCCCCCUGCAGGGGGCGGAGCUCGAGACAGGUGGAAGGCGGCCAAGGCAGAGAGCAGGACCAUGGAGACUCACCUGGAGGCACUGAUCUCUACACUGCACCGCAACAUCCAGCAUGGAGUCAGUGGGCGACACACACUCACACACCUGUUGCAGCAGCUGCACAGCAAGAAGCAGCAGAGAGAAGACGUGGACGAGUGUGUGCAGAAGGCCCACAAUGCAUUGCAGAGAAGUGAGAGUCAGCUGACUCAACUGAGGGCGGAGCUUAAGGCGGUGCUGGCAUAUGUGGAUGUCUGGCAGCGUUCCAGAGAUGAUUUCAGGGCGUACCUGUCAGACGUGCACGACGUCACACCCCUGCACCUGCUGUCUUUCGACCAAUCACAGCUGUCUCUGGAGUGCAGGCACAAAGAGCAGGCCAGCCAUGAUGUGGAGCCACUGAAGGUGUCAGUCAGGUGGAGUCAUGACGACCGCUUCACACUUCAGGUGAGCCAACCGGGGCUAGCGCUCCACAGCGUCUCGGGUGGCCGCUCGGAGCUGGGCACCGCCCUGCUGGAGGUCAUGCAGUACUACAUGGGUCAGGCCCGCCUCCUGUCUGAGAUCCAGCACUUGAGGUCCAGCUUCGCCAUCGACUGGCUUCCUGCCAGCCGUGUGCUGGUCUACCUGAAGUCUGCGUCGCUGGUGUGUCACCUGCAGGUGCAGGAGGGUUACCCCGACACUGGCGCCGUCAGUCUGCUGUCCGUGCACAGAGACGCUCAGCCCGUGGACACCUGUGGACUACAGCCUCCAAAACAUCACAGCCACCUGACUGACUGGCUGAUUCUUCUCUGCAGCAGUCCUCUCAUCUGAUGUCCUCUCCUCUCACAUCUGAUUUAUUCUCCUUUGAUGUCCUCUCAUCUGAUGUCCUCUCCUCUCACAUCCUCUCAUCUGAUUUAUUCUCCUUUGAUGUCCUCUCAUCUGAUGUCCUCUCCUCUCACAUCCUCUCAUCUAAUUUUUUCUCCUUUGAUGUCCUCUCAUCUGAUGUCCUCUCCUCUCACAUCCUCUCAUCUGAUUUAUUCUCCUUUGAUGUCCUCUCAUCUGAUGUCCUCUCCUCUCAUCUGAUUUAUUCACCUUUGAUGUCCUCUCAUUUGAUGUCCUCUCCUCUCACAUCCUCUCAUCUGAUUUAUUCUCCUUUGAUGUCCUCUCAUCUGAUGUCCUCUCCUCUCACAUCCUCUCAUCUGACUUAUUCUCCUUUGAUGUCCUCUCAUCUGAUGUCCUCUCCUCUCAUCUGAUUUAUUCACCUUUGAUGUCCUCUCAUCUGAUGUCCUUUUCUCUCACAUCCUCUCAUCUGAUUUAUUCUCCUUUGAUGUCCUCUCAUCUGAUGUCCUCUCCUCUCACAUCCUCUCAUCUGAUUUAUUCUCCUUUGAUGUCCUCUCAUCUGAUUUCCUCUCCUCUCACAUCCUCUCAUCUGAUUUAUUCUCCUUUGAUGUCCUCUCAUCUGAUGUCCUCUCCUCUCACAUCCUCUCACCUGAUUUAUUCACCUUUGAUGUCCUCUCAUCUGAUGUCCUCUCAUCUCACAUCCUCUCAUCUGAUUUAUUCUCCUUUGAUGUCCUCUCAUCUGACAUCCUCUCAUCUGAUGUCCUCUCAUCUCACAUCCUCUCAUCUGAUUUCUUCUCCUUUGAUGUCCUCUCAUCUGACGUCCUCUCAUCUGAUUUCUUCUCCUUUGAUGUCCUCUCAUCUGACGUCCUCUCAUCUGAUGUCCUCUCAUUUGAUUUCUUCUCCUUUGAUGUCCUCUCAUCUGACAUCCUCUCAUCUGAUUUGUUCUCCUUUGAUGUCCUCUCAUCUGACAUCCUCUCAUCUGAUUUGUUCUCCUUUGAUGUCCUCUCAUCUCACAUCCUCUCAUCUGAUUUAUUCUCCUUUGAUGUCCU